CUCCCAGUUCCACAUGGUCCCCCACGUCCCUGGCCCGUCCAGCGAGCCCCAUGUGUCGCCCGCGCCCUCCCAUCGCGAGAUCUCACCGCCGAACGCCGUCCCAUCUCAUCUCGACUCACUCCUCCACAACUUGAAUGCCCCUUCUACUUCUCACAUUAGCCCGCAGCCGAGCAUUGCGAGCGCAAGUAUCUAUCAGGGCCCCCAGGAGCAGCCAGGCUCGGGGCCCGCGACCCCAGCGUCCGGGAACGCUGCGUCUAUCUCUUCCAACGUGUCUGGCCCCAGCAGCCAGGCGACCGAGCGGCAGAACGCUCUCUUGUCUCUUCUUGGAGCCGUCUCUUCCCCCUCCUCCAACCCUCAACCCAUUCAACCCAUUGGCCCGGUCCAGCCGCAGCAAGUACCCACACCACCGGGUUCCGCGCCGAGGCCAGGCAUGUCGAGCAGCGAGUCUCAAGGAAAAUUGUUGCUGGAGCAGUUGAUGUCUGGUGCACAGAAGUUCUCCCAAUCCGAGACGCAGCAGACCCCCAUCUCGCUUCCGCCAUCGGGACCGUCGCCGCCCUACAUGCAGGAGUCCGCCGAGCCAUCGCACCAUGACGAGUACGCCCUUCCGCCUGAGGCUCCCUAUCCGCACGACCGUGAGGGGUCCGUCGGUAUACACGCCCCACAAGACAGUCAGCAGCGCGCACCAUCGCCCGCUCGCCGUUCCAUGUUCGAUUUCUAUUCUCCGUUCGAUGCAUUGUCGGGCACAAGCCCUGGCGCGAAGAGGAAGCCUCCACCGCCCCAGCAAGCCGAGGACCUAUCCUCUUGGAAUACCCCAGCAGUCGACCCCAAGCGCAAGUCGGUCGAAAACCUGAUGGACCAACUCACGCGGGGACAAGCGCUCCAGCCCCAGCCGACCCAACACGUUGUCAGUCCUUACGAGUCUUACCAGCCGGAGGAGCCGCAGCACGAGCCUAUUCAGCCUCGUUCGCGCCCUCUGCCCCCACAGCCUGUCCAACCUACGGGUUCGCCGCGUGCCUCUCCUCCCAAGCAGGUUAGUCAACCAGCGCGUCAGCAGCAGCAGCGUCGUGCAGCAGACUCGCCCAUCGGCCAAGGCGGUUUCUCCCAGGGUCCUUACAGUGGACAGUAUGGCCGAGACAAGGAGAGCUCGCCAUUGCCACAGCGCGGCAGCUACGAGAACAGACGAGGCGGCGCUCCCAAAGGCAAGAACACCAGUCCCAUUGCGCAAUCUCAGGCGAUCGUCUUCGACGUCUCGCAGCCUCUUGACGAGAUCCAGGCGCCUCAAGAUGCCGUGAAGUCGACGGCGAUCGCUCUCGUCAAGGUCGACUCUACCUUCCUUCCUGGAACGACCAUCGGCGCGACUCAAUGGGUCGCAUAUGCAAUGACCAAGGGACGUGUUCGGGUCAUCUCGCGGUCGAGCGGUGAUAGGACGCUCCUCACGCUACCAAGCCCCUUCCCUCCCAGCACAGCGGUCAGCGACAUGUCGGUGCACGGCAACCGUCUUGCUGGCGUCACUUCGGACGGUGGCCUUGUAGUUUGGGAACUCCCUGAUGUCAUUACGGACGACGUCCCGGGACGCAUUAUGCUCUGCGUGUACCCUCAGAGUGACGGGGAGCCGCUUCAUGCCGUCAAGUGGCACCCUCAGCAGCCCGAUCUCGUUGCGGUCGCGUCGGACACGAACAUGUACUUAUUGAACAUCGCCGAUGCUGCGCACGUCUUCGGCGGCGACCCGAUCCCGCAGAGCGAACUGCACAGAGUAGGCCAGAUCUUCUCUGUUCCUUCGCCGAUUCUCGCCUUCGACUUCGACAUCCCACGGUCCGCUCUCGCGACUAUCUCUGAGGACUCCACGUUGACUAUGUGGAACAUCCGCGACAAGCUACCGUUCUGGUCCCACAAGGUUCGGGGCGAUGACCUCCCCUCGUCCCUCACUUUCGUCGACGGCGGCGUGAUCGUCGGUCGCAAGAACGGCACGGUCUUCCAGCUCCUUCCCGUCAUGGGCCGCAAUGUGCUCUCCACGAUCAAGUUCGUCAACGGCGAUCAGGAGGACCCGCAGAUGUUCGGACACGCAAACUACGACUCGCGCAUCCAAACGCUCUGGAUCGCCAACAACCGCCGUGAGUCGAUGAUCGCGUUCAAGCUCAACUACGACGUCGCAGCUCCUUCCCCCGGCGGCGAGGACGUGGGCCGGGGCGCCUUCAUCGAGCAGGUCGUCGAGUUCAGCGGGCCCAAGCCGACGAUCCACUUCGUCAUUUUGACGGCGGACGCCGACCCGCACGGCGACGAGGCGCAUGCGGCCUGCGUCGCUGCCAAGGUGCCGCCCGGCGAGCUCGCGCUGGUCGCCUUCUCUGUCCACUCGACAGGCGUCGACCAGGUGCUCAUCCGCAAGGAGUGGUUCAACACCGCGUUCGCCGGCGCCCCUGCGCACUUCCCCGCGUACCACGCUGCCCAGCUCCCGCCGGUCGAGGCCAAACCCCAGCGUCAGCCCCAGCACGCUGCUGGUCCUCAGUACGGCCAGCCUCUUGUCCAGCCUCAUCCGAUCAACGUGCCGCUUCCAAGGACGAAGACGCCGCCCUCCGAGGAGGUUGAGGCUGAGGCGCCCAGAGAGGAGGGUGGUCGCGGUCAGGGCAAGGGCAAGGGUCCCAGGGGCAAGAAUGUCGGGUGGAAGGACAGCAACAGGGACUCCGAGAAGGAGAGGGGGGAGAAGAAGGCCGAGGUCGAACUCAACGCCGAGGUUGGUGUGGCGCUCACCAAGGAGAUCAAGAAGUCCGAGGAGAGCCUCCACAAUCGCCUGGGCCGUCUUAUCUCCAAGGAGCUUGACAAGCAGCACCAACGCCUGGAGGAGGUCCGCCAAAACGAGCAGGCUGCGGAUUUCGUCCGUCAGGAGAAGAUUCUGAAGCUCAUCUCGACCGAGCUGACGAGGAACACUACGCGCGUCGUCGAGAUGGCCGUCAAAUCUGAGGUCCAGAACUCAGUCCUGCCCUCGUUGGAGAACAUCACGAAGCAGGAGGUCAAGGCGGCGCUCAGCAACCAGAUCGCGAAGGGCGUGAGCGACGCGAUGAAAGUGGCCCUGCCUAACGAGAUUGAGCGAGUGCUCGUCCGGCCAGAGAUCGCGAACCAGGUCGCCCGUGCGUUCUCCGCUAACGUGACGCCUGCCAUCGAGCGGCAGGUGAAGGAAUCUAUCUCGAAGAACCUCAUCCCCUCCUCCGCCAUGCACCAGGAGCUCUCCCGCGAGAUCCGUACCGAGAUCCUCAACCUCAAGAAAGAGAUCCUUACUUGGCAGAAUGAAACGCUUCGCGGUCAGGAGUCGACCAUCCGUGACCUCGAGCAAUCUGUCCGCCUGCUCUCCGAUCAGGUCAAGUUCCUCUUGAACCCACCUCCUAAUUUCAGCCAUCUGCAAAACCGCAGCUCUCCGGGUCCUUCGAGUGCUGGUAUAGUUCCGUCGAACCAGCUUCCCCAGCUUCUCCGACAGCAGCCCAAUAUGGCUCCUAUGCCCCAAAGCUCCGGCUACCAGCCACAUGCCUCCUUCCAGCAGCCACCUCCCCAACCCCAGCAGCAGCAGCUCAUGCACGGGCCUGGUCCGUGGUUCGCCCCCAACAUCGUGGCCCCGCAGGCCUCCCACCCUACUGCCCCCCCACCCCUUCCUCAGCAGCAGCAGGCGCUGCCGCGCGCCACUCCCCCUGCUUCUGGACAGCCGGAGGAGUGGGACGACGCUUACCUUGCAGUCCUGGGCACUCAGGACGUCCGACAACUCCGUGAACUGCUAGCCCGGUCGAACCCGGAGGUCGUCAUGCCCAUGAACGGUCCCAGUCCCCUGUCGCAAGCCGUCAUGUUGACGUUGGUGCACAGGCUUUCUAAUAUCAUUGGUGAGACAUCGCCGGCCGACGAGUCCUUCAAGGUGUCGAUGUGGUGGCUGCAGCGUGCUGCGACUGUGCUCAACACCAACGACCCCCUCAUCUCUCCCUACGUCGCUCGUGUCAUGCCCAACGUCCAGCAGAUGUUGAACACGACUAAGCAGCGGCUCUCCAUCCUUCCUGGCCCUCCGAUUGAGGCGGCGCGCACGAUCAACGACAUCCAGGAGAUCCUAAACCGCAAGCCGAUGUGAUCUGGACAUCUUGUAUGCUCGUCAUUUUGCUGUAUGUCUUCCCUCUCGGUCAAUCCUCUUGGUCUCCUAUCGUCCUCCGACGUCGCUUGCUGUGCAUGAAAGUACUUUAUUAUUCCAUUACCUACAUGCAGGGUUGUACCCUCCUCACAUCUUCAUUUGCUUUCGUUGCGCAUGUCCCGUUGAACGCUCCUCAUGCCGCCUAUGACCGCUACGAUUUUCAUGACUAUUGCAAUGCCUUUCCUGACUCCACACUCGCCGCACCUAGUUAUACAAAACCUGUACUGUCGUGUACUCCACUGUAUCCGCAGCCAUCAAACACCUUUCUACUUC